GCUUGACACUUGCUGGCAAAUGACAACAUCAAAAACGAUUUCAUCAUGUAAAACUUCAUCGCAUCAUUCAUUCAUCGAGUUCAAAUUUAAGUAUAAUGGAAAUUGAAGGCCUGGAGCGCAACACUGACAUUCUAGAUCUUACUGAACUACCCGCAGAAGCCGAGAGUAUAGAAAUAUUGUCCACAUCAUCGUCUACCCAGAAUAACCUGUUGAUUACUACCCGAACCAUUACAUUAUCAGAAUACUUAAACUCUGCGACAAAUAAUCUAUAUUCCGAAUAUGAGGAGAAUUUUAAAAGAGGUGCCUAUAUUGCUCUGAUGAUUAUAUGUGUGAUGAUCGUUGUUGCUUACGCAUAUUCUAAACCUGGAACUAGAGUGCAAAUUAAAUGGAAACGAUCGAUGCGAAAAAUGAAACGACUGUCCAAAACUUUCUUCCCAUCGUUAAAGAGAUCCACCUCUGGACUGUAUCCAUUUCUGCAAGAUAUGGUAAAUGUAGCUCAUGUAAUUGUAAAUCAAAUAUUUGAAUAAAUGUUAAGUUCAUCAUACGGUUA